GUCCUGACCGCCCGGUAGGUCGGUGCUGUACCCGGUAGUAGCUUCGGUUUAGUUGUCCGGGAAACCCGCCAUGUACGAGCUUCUCUUUUAAAGCUCCUGGCUGAAGAAAAGCGGUUGAAUGUUGAGCUGAAUGUCUGAACUCCGGCUCGGUUAGCUUAGAAAGAUAAGUUACCAGCUAGCCGCUAACUAGCUUCCAGCGUUAGCCUCGGUUUAUCAGGAACGUUAGCUAAAGUCCGACAUGACACAACAAGCUGCGGCUCUGCAGACCUACAACAACGAACUGGUCAAAUGUAUUGAGGAUUUGUGCUCAAAGCGGGAUGAGCUGAACCGUCAGAUCAAGCAGGAGGAAGAGGAGAAGGAGCGACUUCAGCACGACAUCAGAGUCCUCUCAGAGAAGCUGAGCAGAGUCAAUGAAAGUCUCGCACAAAGACUCGCCGCUCGAGCAACAUUCGACCGAACCAUCGCAGAGACGGAGGCUGCCUACACCAAGAUCCUGGAGAGCUCCCAGUCUCUGCUGAGCGUCCUGAAGCAGGAAGCAGGAAACCUCAGUAAAGCCACGGAGCCUCGCAGGAAGGAGCACUAAUGUCAGCUGAAGAUCACUGAACUCUUCUUCUGACCACAGCAGCACACUUCUGCACUUUUCACCAGUUAACACCCAUCUCUGGACUAUUUGUAAUAUAUUCGGUUGUUUAUUUGUAAGCUUCUGUGUUAAAUAAAUGCAUUUCUUUACGUUAAAAA